AUGUCAGAAUUCUGGUUAAUUUCGGCACCUGGAGAUAAGGCAAACCUAAUAGCCUGGGACAGGAUGAACACAGUGACUGCCAAAGCCAACCUGUCCUGCAACAGCAAGUUCAUCAUCCCUGACCUCAAGGUAAAGAUGGGAGAAUGGGGCGGGGGGGGACUCAGAACAACAACAUGAAGAAAGGGGCAGGGAUGGGGCAGAUGAUUUUUCUUUCGUGACAUGGCUCUGUGCUGCAAUAUUAAAAAUGACUAUAAAGGGUCAAGCAAAGAUUAUAUACUUUGUUUUUGAGGUGUCUUGAGAUCAGGAAUGAAAGUGGGAAGCCAUUUUUGUAAAAGCUAAUCAAUGGAUUAAUUCUUCAUGGGGGGGAUUUUAAACUUUCCAUCAGAACUGUCAUCUCUGGGAAGGCUUGAAAGCCUUUUGGUAAAUAAUAAAGUUUAUGGGCAACUUUUGACUGGUCAAAGCCCUGAGAUGAGCAAUGUGCAGCCCUCAUAUAUGUUUGCAAAACUGACUUCCAUGAGGGUUUACUCCCAGGUAAGUGUUGCAGCACAAACACUUGCAUAACAGUAAAUGCCGCCAAACUCAGUUGAACUUACUUCCAGUAAGAUUGGUUUGCAAAAGGUCUGUUGCAAAAGGUUUCUAUACAUGUUGAGAUUAAGUCCCAUUUAGUUCAAUGGGAGGCUUCUUCUAAGUUAAGCUUGUUAGCUUUUGUUACAUUAAUAUAGCUGAAGCCAGUUUGAAUCUCCUGAAUGUUUGAGCUCAACUAUUUGCUCUUUUAGAAAGAGGAUUGCCUAAUUUGCAGAAGUAUUCCAAUAUCUAUUGGUGGUUAAAAUUGGCUAUGUUCCUGACAGAGAAGUCUGAUCUCACCAUUCAGUAUGAGCUAUGACCUUGCUGUCUAGAUGGUCUCAAAUUCAUGUGUGGAUUUUUCUGUCAAUUGGCAAGCUUCUUUCGUUUGACGAGCAUUCAUCGAUUUUCACUUUCCUUGCAGACGUAGACAUAUUAGAAGGCUAUAAUGUAAGCAUGCAACUAUGACAGAAAUGCUUGUUCAUAUCUUAAAAACAGCUGUUCUGUUUGUAACAGGCAUUUUUAAUAUAAAAAAGAAUAGAAAUCAUCAAUUUAAUUGAAAGAAUUGCUCCUCUACAAGUAAGGAUCAUUCAUCUCUAAGGAUGAGAAUUCAGGCUAUAAUGCUAUACAUACUCUCUCACCUUGAAGCAAGUCCCAUUGAAUUUAGUGGGACUUUCUUCUGAGUAGAUAUGUAUAAGACUUGGCAGUAAAGUCAGUGACAAAACUUGUACUGACUUUAGUGGCUCAGGGAGACAGUGUUUUACAUUAUGAGCAAGAAGGUUUUAAGGAACUUAAAAACUGGGAAGAAUUCCACUAUGGCUUUUGAUCAUGAGACAACAGCAUAGAAUCUUUUCCUGACUUAGAACAGCCUUUUAAAAACUUCUUUAAAAGUAGGUUUUGAACUAUUGCAACCGUUUUCCACUGGAGGAAAACGUUCCCUUGAAUUUCCCAUGAAUAUACUUAUUUGAUAGCAAGAAAUUCUCAUUUGCUAAAGAAAGGUCACUUUGAAAAAUUAAAUGUCUGGUAAAAUAUGCACUGUGGCUGACUAGCUUAAGCUUAAUGUGUUUGUACUCCCUUCUGCAGGUGGGGACCCUGGAUGCUCUCGUUGGCCUCUCAGAUGAGUUGGGGAAACUUGAUAGCUUUGCUGAAAGGUAAAAUAGAACUUAUUUACUACACACAAAGAGCAGAUGGGUGUUGUUUUUACAAGACACAGUGUUCCUGUGUCAACCUAACGCAGGCAUCUUUAGCCUUAGCCUUAGGAUUCAGCCAGGGUAAGUAGGUGUGGCUUUAUUUUCUUUAGAAAAGGAUUACCCCUAAAUAAGGCUUGGUCCUGCAUUUUCUCCUUCAUCCAGCAGUUAUACAGGAAACGUCAGGGAUUAGUGCAGGUGGUGGACUUCACAUUGGGAGUAGGUAGACAAAUCCCUGUGAAACCUGGUACUUUCCCUCCUAUAUUCUGUGUUCUUUGCAGUGGCAUGGAACUGGGACACUUCUGCACAGGCUGGCUCUGGGCAAGGAAACAGCAUUUUCCAGCCACCUGGGCAGGGAAACCCAGCCAGAUGGGCGGGGUAUAAAUAAUAAAGUUUAUAUUGCAUUUUGCAAUAUAAAUAGCCCAGUGGUUACAGCAAUAAUCCUCUUCUUCUUUCGCCUCCUAUUUUGUUUAAAGACGGUAUCCACUGGCAGGUCUUACCUCCCAGAAAACGUCCUCACAUUCAGACUCUACAUGUCUGUAGGGCUGCCACUUCUUGUCGGGCCCUGAGGGGCGGAAAUAUUUUGUCAACUCAGAACCGCAGUAGCAUGAACUGGUGUCUUCUACUUUGGCAAAAGCCAGUUGCCUAAUUCAGUUAGCCAGAACUAAAGCACAGCACUGAGCUGGAGACGGGUAAUGUGGCUUGAGUAGGCCUGAGACAGAUUUGUGUAUUCCAGAUACCAAGGUUGGCUUUGCCAGUGAGCAGCCACUAGCGAAAUCCAGUUCUUUGGCAGUGUGUGUGUGUGUGUGUGUGUGUGUGUGUGUGUGUGUGUGCUGCCUGACCCCUUUCCUGUUUCCAGUUGAAAAGUGUGAAAGGAGGAGUCAAGUAAGCAGGAUGAAUGAAUGAAUGGAAAACCCUGACUCUACUUGCUUGCUCCUUUGUGCGUCACCGUUUCCCUUCCCUCUUCUCUCCUUGUUAGCCUAUUUAGUGGAAAGUAUACUAUAGCCUGCCAUUUUUCUCCAGGCUUUCAGGCUAUCCUGAAGAAGUAAUGGAGCAUUUGGAGCCUGUUGCUAGGCAACGAGCCCCGAUUCUCCCCCCUCCCCAGAGAGGAAGGACACCCUCCACACUAGAGAGUGAAGAAAAAAGGCUUGGGUGUGGUCAUGGAGCCUUGAGGAGCCACACAGAAAGAAAAUUGAGACACUUUACCCACAGCUGCCACCUUCUCAUUGUGGCUCUGUAGCAAAACUAUUUUCUGACUGGGAUCCUAAUACUGUUAGGUGCCAAAUUUGGAUUACAAAUCAAUGACAUUUAGAUGCCUUUUUGAAGGCAAUUAUUCCAGCAGGUCUUUGGCCUGCUUGCCUUAUGAUUUUAUCAUCUCCCAUGAUGGUAGCUGAUCUGAAACUAUGCAAAUGAGCCAGGCCAGGCGUUUACAUUUUUGCUCCGCUGAAACACCCUGCUGGCAGAGCUGUUAUUGGAUCAACACACCGAGAGAAGUGCAAGUAAACCUAGCUAGGCAGCAGAAACCUGUCAGCACUGCUUCUGGCCAGGACAGCAGAGAAGGGGCAAGAGUUUUCAGGGUCUAUUGUUUCCAUGUACUUUUAUUACUUAUUUACACAGGGAGACUGGGUAAUUUUCCAUGUCACUAUAAAGCAGCAUUUGGCAUUCAGAUGCCUUUCUGCCUGGUCAUUCUUGAUUUGUUUCCUUAUCAAGUGGCACGUUCCUUUUGCAAACCCAUUUUAAAAAUUGCUGGGGAAAGAUGUCGGCGAAAGCCAAGGGUUAUGGGACAACUGGCAAUCAACAUAAAUCUUCAGAAGGAAGGCUAAAAUGAACUCUUGACCUUGGGGUUCCAUUUAUUUAUCGGAGUCCCAUUUAUUUAUUACAUUCUGCCUUUCAUUCAGAGAUCUCGGUAUAUUUUAUUCUAGCUUCAAAAUGACCUUUCUGAGGGAUACUGAUUGGCUCAAAGUCUUGUUUUGCCCAUUGUAAAAACAAAAACAUGAUAACUAAGGCAGGCAAGAAGAUUUGGUCUUGUGCACUUCUGGGAUUUUUCUUUUCUUUUCAAACAAGAUGUUCAUGCACAGGUACAGAAAUACCUGUGGUCUUGACCAGAACAGAAAAAAGUACUAGAGGAUAGGGGAGGCAUAGCCAGGAUUUAAGUUUUUACAGGGGCAGGACUUUUGGGGGGGGGGGGGAGAGGACUGACCUACCGUAUUUUUUGCUCUAUAAGACGCACCGGACCACAAGACGCACCUAGUUUUUGGAGGAGGAAAACAAGAAAAAGAAUAUCCUGAAUCUCAGAAGCCAGAACAGCAAGAGGGAUCGCUGCGCAGUGAAAGCAGCAAUCCCUCUUGCUGUUCUGGCUUCUGGGAUAGCUGCGCAGCCUGCAUUCACUCCAUAAGACGCUCAUACAUUUCCCCUUACUUUUUAGGAGGGAAAAAGUGAGUCUUAUAGAGCAAAAAAUACGGUAUCUGUGACUUGAUUGGUCAGUUAAAUAUUUUUAUUUAUUUACUUGAUGGGGGGGGGAGCUGCCUCCUCAGCCCUGGCUAGGCCCAUGGCUGAGGGAUGGACAAAUACAGCUCAGGUGAUGAUGUCGGGGGCUGGACUGAGGCAGAAUGAUGGGGGCCAUCCCCCUCUUCUCCUGAACCUUUCCUAGAACAGGAGGACAGUAUAGAUUUAGAACAGGGGUUUGCAGAAGGGCAUAGUUCAGAGGCUGCAGUGGGGAGAAGCUGGGAAAUAUUGGGAGAGGAACAGCAGGAAGAAGCACCAGGGAAGAGACAGCGGACAGACUCAGUGUCUUUGGAAAGCAUGCCUGACCCCCCCCCCUCCCAGGACCAGGCGAGCAUUGAGGGUAGUAGAACAGAAAGCUCAGAGGCAGAAAGCUCAGAUUAGCCGACACAGGGGUGACGUAGAAUAGUAGAGACCUAGCGGGGUGGGACUUGGAGCAACGCUAUUAUCUAGGAGAGAUUGCAAUCCUACGUCUCUCUCUGUGAAUAUGGAAUAAAUUACUUGAUAAGAACUUUCUAUUGUUUAUCUGCUUCUUGGCCCCACUGUGGGAGGGAUCGGAUUCUCCGAAGCCUGAGAGGUACAGUACAAUCUGUCACACUGCACCCACUGGUGUGGAUGGCAAGUAGUGAAUAUUCAUAACGGGUGGGGUGGGGACAGGAACAGGAAGGUGUGGGAGCCAACAUGCCAAACAGCAGAGAAAAAUCAAAAUCUUUACGACCUGUUUGCAGUAUAAGGUGCCACCUAGGACCUCUGAUAGAGCACAGGUUACAAAUACAGUGGUACCUCUGGUUACGUACUUAAUUCAUUCCAGAGAUCCGUUCUUAACCUGAAGCACCACUUUAGCUAAUGGGGCCUCCCGCAGCUGCCGCACCACCAGAGCACGAUUUCUGUUCUCAUCCUGAAGCAAAGUUCUUAACCCGAGGUACUGUUUCUGGGUUAGCAGAGUCUGUAACCUGAAGCAUAUGUAACCUGAGGUACCACUGUAACUCAAACUCAAGCCCCAGCUGUGCUUUUUUUAUCAUGAUCCUGCACUGAUGGGACAAGUCAGGCCUUGUAUAGUUCUGUGUGCAACUCUACCUACUAUGAAAAGGAGCUGAAGAAUUGGCUACUUGGAGCCAUCUGAGGAUAUGGACCUGGUGACUGUAAAAACAUUUGCUUUGAGCAUCCUGCUGUAAGUUUUUUUUAAAAUAAUGUAUUAUUUUUUUAUAACUUAUUUGACUUAUCUUAAAGGCUUCUCUCCUUGCCUUUAGUGUAAUAAAGAAAAUUGCCCAGUAUAUUGGAGAGGUUAUGGAAGACUCAAAAGACAAAGUCCAGGAAAACCUGUUGGCAAAUGGAGGUAGGUCCUGCAAAGUAUAUAGAUGUGGGGGGUUUUGUUUUUUGUUUAAUUGCUGCCGCUUUUCAUCCAGUUUCCAAUGGAAAAAGCUGGACUUAAUACAUCCAUAUGCUUACGAGUUGGGUUGCUACUCCAGUUUUAGAAAAGAACCCUUUCAAAUAGUCAGCAGCCUCUGUUUCUACCGGCAUCAGGGAACAUCAUUUUUGCUCUUUGGUGAGAUGUAGGUGGCGUGGUUUGGUUUUCUUCCUCCUCUGGUUGCUUGACAAAGGGAUCUUGUGACUAUUCCAUCAUGAGUUCAGAUUUUCAGAGGUGACUAUUACUCACUUCCUCCCAUCAUCUACUUCUUGCUAAUAGCAUGGAGAAAUAUGCCAUAAUCACUCUGCAUCAGAAGUGGGGGGAACCUCUAAUCCACAGGCCAGCCAAGGCCUACCACUGGUCCCAUUUUGGUCCAUGAGGCCAUUUUCUCUCUCAAAAUCACAGCCACUCAGCAAUCAGCUGAUAUCACACUGAUGGGUGGGUGACAUGAGCUGUUGGCCCGUGGGCUCAUUUCUGUGUUGGCUGUACAUGCCAGUGCCCUGCAGGAAAAGGGGCACAUGCAGCCAGUGCAGCAGGAUUUAACCCACAGCUCACGAGUUCAGGGUUGAAUCCUGCUCAGUUUGACAGAAUCCGUUGCUCAUCCCUUACUCAUCAGAAAGGGGUUUGGGUUGAAUGUUUUUACCCCCACUUCAGAACUUCGAAGUGACAGAUCUCCUGACAUAAUUGCGCUGUCAGGUGAUUGCCCUCUCUUCAGACUUGGCCCAUGAGACCAAUCCUGGGAAGGAUCUGGUCUAUGUAGCCCAGUAGAGCAGGGGUGGGGAACCGAUGUGCUUUUAUUGUGCUGUAUUAUAUUAGGUUAUAUCUGGCAACUGGCAGCAUUUGAGGCUUGGUGAGGAAAAUCGGCCUGGGUGUGCAAUAAACCCCGAAGAUGCAGUAUUGAGAGCCAUGCAAUCAGGUAGAAGAUCUGCAAGACUCAUAACCGGAAGUUAAUUGCAUCUAAUGCGAUUUUGGUUGGUGCUUGUGAGUGGAAGCCUUUGAUGCCUAAUCUAUUCAGUUUCCAUUUUAUUUCGCUUAAAACAUUAAAAGGUGCUAAGUUAAGGGGGGGAAAGGAAACAGGGUUGAAUUAUCUAGGCUUAAUAAUGCUUAAAGCAGACCUACCGAAAUAGUGGUGACUAACUUUAGUCGCAUUCAGCGCCAUUUUUAUAGAAAAAGGGGCACCGGAACUCACCGUGAACACCUUCCCCUUGUUCUCUUAGAAUGGCAAUGGUGCCCAGCUGAGAGGUGCCGGAACUGAGUUUCGGCUGAAAAAGAAGCCCUGGUUGCAUUGGUUUUAAUGGAUCUACUCUCAGCAUGAUGGGAAUUUAGAUCCAAGCCAAGAUCUUUAGUCUGUUAAUAGACAAUGGAUGGAGCAACCAGAUCUGUCUUCUGUAGUUUCCUUUCCCCACUGGCUAACCAGUUAUUCGGUGGGAACGGAAGAAGUACUAAUUCCAAAACACUUUCCCCCAUCCCAAACAAAAGCUGUUUCUAGGGAUCAGGACUGGUGUUGGCACCUGGCAUUCUUGGUCACACUGGUGUCUUGUCCCCCCUUAAUUUCCCCCCAUGGCCUGGCACCCUAAAACAGACUAGAUGGUUGGAUCAAAAGCACCUUUUAAUUUUCCUUGAUGACCCUGACCUAACACCCACUUGCCUUCCCACAUCACAGUAGGGGAAAUUAAGAGAGUGACUAGACCUGGUUGCCUGGUUUUGCUUAUAGCAUGACUACCAUAACCAGGUGAGCCUGCCAGGGACCAGUUUGUUCAGGGCUAGCUGAAACCUAGAGUUGCUCCCGAGUGGGAUUUCAACUUUUAAAGGCUAGAACAUAACCCCACUCUUUUGACAUCCCUCUUAUUGUAUGCAGUAGGCUUAAUUUUAAAUAUAACCUGUCUUUUUCAUGUUUAAUAAUCACAAUUACUAUAUUUCAGGAGCGAAGGCUAAACUGCAAUGUCUAAAGAGUAUGUUGAGCAUGGGUGAUUGUUGUGUUCUUGCAAGCAUGCGCUGGUGUGUUUAAUGAAAGAGUUGACUCCACAUCUGGUUGUAGGGGUACAGUGAUCAGGUUACGAUGGAUUUCUCUAGUAACAACCUCGUAGCUCGAUCACCAUCUCCCUAUGACUCAGAUAACAGCAGGUUUGACAACCUCCCCUUUCUUUUCACACUUUUCCUGGAUAUAUUUUUCUUUCUUUCCUUCUAACCACUUGCUGCAUGUAAAACAAGAGGAUGUAGGGACUAUUGGAUUGUGUGAAAACUUCCUAUGCAUGUCUGUUUUCAGGGGCGUUGUUAGGGUGGGGCCUGAGCCCCAGGACCUGGAUCUUCUAGCCCAUUAGUCUUCAACUUUUGCAAAUCUGGGACCCGCCUUUUACUCAAACAAUACGUUUCAGGGAACCCCCUCCCAACUUUUUAACCAUCUAUUUGUAUGGUGGCAGUACUGCUGUUGGGACCCACCUUAGAUCACGCCACAACCUGGUAGUGGAUCCUAACUCACCAGCUGAAGACCCAAUUCCUAGCCUUUCCUGUUCCUGUCCCCCUCCCCUUGCUUCGCUUACAAAGUGGGUGUGAAGCAAAGCACGGGGCAAAUGAGACUCUAGCUGCCACCAUCUUAAUUGCCCCAGAGGCAAAUUAAGCAUUGUCAGAAAGAGUCAGAGUUGGGUUUCCUGCCCCACCUGGAAGUGGGAUAAAUUUGCAUUGCUGCAUGAAAAUUAGCAUAUGCAAAUUUAUGCCAUAGGCCAAGUCUUUUAGAUUCCUAGCAACGCCUCUGUUUGUACUCGUUGGUCCUGUGCUUAAGACUUCAAAUGUUUAUCCUCCCAAGACUAUUUUGUCUUAGCCCGAUUUUUUCCGCUCAAUAGACUAGUUUAUUAGGCAGUCACCACUAACUGGGGGCCAAAGUAGGCAUGGCAGUGGCUGCAAGAAAUGGCUGUGGUGUGUGGGUGUGUGCACACCUUAUCCCCGCCCUGGGUAGCCUAGAGAGUAGAUGUCACAAAAUUUUGUGUCUUUUCCUUUUAUCGGCUACCAUUGGCCCAGGGCAGGCAAUGUGGGCCAUUGUCAUGUGACCUGGGGUAAGUUCAACCUGGUAUUACAAGGGGAAGAAGAAUUAAAUGCGCAGCUGUUGUUUUUGAUGGCAGCUACACAUUUAACAUCAUGCCUAGUUUGGCCUUGCAUUUGUGGCAAUAAAAUCCAGAUAGGAGCUUACCUGGUAGGAGUUUUGCUGUUGACUUUAAAGGGCUAUACCACAACUUUGCUCUCAGGGUGUGAGUCCAGGUUCUCUCCACCACUGAAUUGCCUCUUGUAUUCCUUUUACAUUUUUUAAAAAAAUCUCCCCUGUGCAUCAAAUUCAUUCCUUGCCUGCAAAAAUGGCCAAGGUUGUGUGCUAUAUUAUAGGUGCCAGCCAAUCAGCACCGUGCAGGGUGAGCAUCUCUGGUGAGCAUCGUGAGUGCACUUACAGAGCCUAACAAACCCUACUUCUUUUGUAUGGGCUGCUACUUGUUCUCUUAUGCUUGUAUUGGCUGUCUCACAUAUACUUUAUGGAACGGUGAUAAAGAUGGUACCUGCUGAUUCCAGGACAUUCUGCAUGCUCUUUCUGUGUGCAUGCUACACUUUCCAUACCCAUGAAACCUAAGACUGUAAGGUGACUCUUUCGAAGACGAGAGAAACUCUAGGGAAGGAAAUUCAGAUACUCCGAGGGGAACAAGUUUCACGUCAUGAAAGAGGAAGCUGCUGAAAAGUGCCGGCUCUGACUGUUAGAAAGAAACAGCAUUCUCGUGGCAGAAGCAUAGCAAAAAAACUAGACUUCCGUUAAGGAUGUGCUUUUUAAAAACAUCCUCUCCUAAGAUCAGCAGGCUUUAUAUCAGUUUUGCAUUACUUCACUAAGGUGCAAAUUUUAGUAAACGCGCAAGCCAAGCUCAGCAUCAGUGCAGGAUAUCCAGUUUAAAGUCUGACCCACAUUCAUGUUGAGUUGGGUGUAUGGGACGGGGGGCAGGGAAGAUGAGGAGAGUAUUACCGGUAGGCAUUCAAGCGAGUCAGAUAAAAAUUAAAAAGCUGAACAGCAAUAGACUAUUCCCCAUCCCCAAGCACUAAACAUAAGUCACAACCAAUAGGUGACCAUUGGAAGUUUUUCACACCAGAGCCCCAUCACAUGCCCAUUUUUUUCCAGAUGCAGUCUAGAUUGUUUUUGGGCGAAGGCUAAACAUUUUGACAGCAAACAGGAGUGUAAAAAAAAGCAGUAAAAAUAAAGCAUCGGAGAGGUUUCCCAUCACACAUUAUUAGUGCAGUUAGAUGAUCAAAACCUGCUUUCCAGUGUACUCUCCCAUCACAAAAACCCACAAUUGCACAAAAAAUAGAAAAUUGCUUGACAGAUUAUGUUUCAAGGACUUAAUCUCAAAGCAAAGUUUCAAAGGAUUAAUGAACAGAGGAGUUGUUAUAUUUUGCUGGGGGGAGGGAAAACACCCCUCAAUAUCCACAUAUUUUACUUUUCAAACCAAGUAAGGUUUGAAACAAAAGACCAUUCACACACUUGUCAAUUGCCUGAAUGGUGGUCACGUUUAGUUUGGCCCGUAGGCAAGUCUCUUUCGGGAGGGAGUUCCAAAACUCUAGGUGCCACAACUGAAAAGUCCCUACUUCAAGCCUUUGCUGAUGGUACCCAUUUAGGAUACAAUCCAUGCCAUCACAAAGUCAGCAGCAAAACUCCUAUAUAGUUAAGGUUUAAAGACUUAAGCUCCCUUGGAUUGGAAACCAUCUGUGAUGAGAACACUGCCUUUAGCAGCUGAGGCAGGUAUUACAGGAUAGUUCUUCUGAGCAUUGCUUUUUUAAUUCAUGCAGAACUUUUAUUUGAAUAGCUAAUCUACACACCGUGUCUGAAAAUGAUCAAGUGAGUUGAAGAUGGAUUUUAAAACCAUCCACUUUUAUAUGGUGCCUAAUAGCAUUGAAAAUAUGGAAAUGAUAGCAAAAGCCAGGUGUCAGAUGGAAACUGUUAAUAUUAGAUCAGCCCCUGAAUGGAGAACAAUGCAUCCUGGUGGUUCUUCUUCUUCUUCUCAACUCAUUGGAGUUACUCAUAUCUUUUCAGUUGACUUGAUCAGUUAUCUGACGAGGUUUGAGUGGGACAUGGCUAAGUAUCCUAUAAAACAGCCACUGAAGAACAUUUCAGAAGCAUUAGCAAAGGUAAUAUGAUCUCUUUUGGAAAAGCACCCUCACAAAAGCUAGUUUUCAGGACUUACAAUAGAUAUGAUUAUUUUCUUAUUGGAAGCAGUGAGAGUUUUGUGGAUUAUUUCUGCAGAAACAAAUCUGGGCAACAUAUACCGGUAUAUAUAUAUAUAUAUAUAUAUAUGGGCUAUGAGUUUGAUAUUAAAGCAGGUUUUCAUACUGUAUACAGCACAAAAGCCAAAGCAAUGGCUUUUUCACACUGGCAAAUUGCAGGAAUCAAAUAAUCUUUCCCCUGCAUAUGUUUUCUUCCUGAGAGGAGAGAGGGAUACUUCCUUCUUAAGACAUACAUUUGGACCUAAGAAAUCUCAUAAAAUCAUGAGUAUGUUUUGGGUCUAGGUGGUAGUUUUAAACAAAUAGCUGUUUUAUUCUGUCAUUUGUAAAAUUAAUAAUUAAUAAUUAUCUGCUCCAUAAAGUUUUGAGAAUGACUGAAAUACUGUUUGAAACACACUUGCCAAGGUGCUGUGUGUGCUGAAAGCUUGAUGGUGGAAUCUAGCCAUAUUGGUGAAUUUAGCAAUAAAAUCCACAUUUUGUUGUAGUAUUUUGCAUUUGUGGUAUGUAAAACUGUUAACAUAUGCAGAGUCAGUUUUGCUCAGUUGGAUUUCUCUCCCUCCUUUUAUAUUUAGCAAAUUACACAAAUAGAAACAGACAUGAAAAACCGAGCAGCUGUGUACAACAACAUCAAAGGAAAUCUUCAGAAUCUGGAAAGGAAAACUGUGUAUGUAUAGCAUUUACAUAUAUAUACUUAUAUAUGUAUAGUGUGUGUGCGUGCGUGCGUGUGUAUGUAUGUAUGUAUGAAUGCAUGCGUGCGUGCACUGCAUCUAAAUAUGUAUUGGGCAAUAUUUACUUGCCAUGAUGAUGCCCCAACAUGUCAGUGGAUUUAGCUGUACUAGAACAUAGCCUUACAGACAGGCAAUGUGGCUCUGACAGUGGGUGUGGAGAUCACACAGGGUCCCCAGACGUUUAACGGUCUAUUGAUCCCUGUGCCGCCACUGUGCUCGUUUCCCCGCUGCCACCAACCAGUUACUCUCUUGGUAAAACACUGAGUCCAGACAGUUGUUAAAAGUGAACCAAAAAACCCCCAAGUUUAUUUUACCAACGUUAACAAGUUUAUGGUUUCUCCGAUAAUAUUCCUGUCAGUACCUUAACUUUAAUUUCUUUACCAGCCUAUACCUUCCUAAUACCUUCUGACUGAUUAUCUCAACUGUUUGACUGACUUCUCUUAACAAAUUCUCUCACUCUCUCACACCAGACUAGCCCAACCCACAGACUUGACUUAUUUGUCUCUUCUAACUCCAGACUGUCUUCUCAACCACCCUAACUCUAACUCUCUCCAAAAAACCCUCUGUGCUUAAACCUUAAACACAGUUAACUCUGCCCCCUGGGUUCCUGUUGGUUAGUCAUUUUACAAUUAGUUAACCCUUUCCUUAUGAACCCAGUAUGAUAUCACACACCUAGGAGGGCAAACGCCACAGUGGGAAAGCAGGAUACAAAUUGGAUAGAUAAUACAAAACCAUCUAGACUCAGGUUAAAUACAGUGGUGCCUCGCAAGACGAAAAGAAUCCGUUCUGUGAGUCUCUUCGUCUAGCGGUUUUUUCGUCUUGCGAAGCAAGCCCAUUGACGGAUUAGCGGAUUAGCGCUAUUAGCGGCUUUUAGCGGCUUUUCAGCUUAUCGGAUAAGCAGAUAAGCGGCUUAGCGGCUUAGAAAAAGGGGGGGGGGAAGGCAAAAAAAACCGCAGGAACUUGCAAGACAUUUUCGUCUUGCGAAGCAAGCCCAUAGGAGCUUCGUUUUGCGAAGCACCUCCAAAACGGAAAACUCUUUCGUCUAGCGAGUUUUCCAUCUUGCGAGGCAUUCGUCUUGCGGGGCACCACUGUACAUUUCAAGGAAUGGUGAACAGCAAGAGUAAAUGCAAGCUUUGGGGAAGUUGAAGGGAGCCCAAUUUUUUCCAAACCCACAGAGCAACCAUAAUUUGAUCUUAAGUUGUGGGGAGGCAUGGGGGCACAGUGUGUUCUGAAGUCAGGAAAACAUUUCCUUCCCCAAAACUCAAACCAGUGGCUCCUUUUCUAGUUCUGAUACAACGAACACCACUGUCACUAGUAAACAUUUGUAAAGAAUGAGCAGUAAAUGCACACAUCUCAUCAUUUUUGGCUUUUGUAUUUUCUCUUAGGGGAAAUCUUUUGACACGUACGCUAACGGAUAUCGUGAACAAAGAAGACUUUGUGUUGAAUUCAGAGUAUCUCAUCACUCUCCUUGUUGUAGUUCCCAAGUAAGAUAAAUUAAGUCCAUCCGCAGCAGGCUCAGUGUCAUCACACUUAGCAUGUUUAUAGAGAAAUUAAAGUACAUACGAUAUUGCAUUAUCUCAGCAACCCUCGCAGGGAAGGCCACUAUGAAUGCCAUCCUCAUUUUGCAGAUAUGAAGUUGAGAGAAAGUAGAAACUAGCCACCUGGAGAGUUCAUGACAAAGACAUGUUUGAACCAGGAUUGUAUGGUUCACUGCUCAGUCUCAUAGCCACUGCCCUGAACUAAUUCACGUAAGCAUUUUGGAUUUAAAAUGUGAAUGCAGUGAGAGAGAGAGACCCUGAGCAGAUGGAAACCAGGAUUUGUUUGUUUCAAUGUUUUAAUUCUUGAAGAUAAAAGGUGGUUGUAGAAUUUAAACUCAAAGCAGCAAACAUACAGUGCUCCCACAUGCGUGUAAAACGGUGAAGGUGUUGCUAAAAAAUGAGAAAUAGAACUGGGUGUUGUCAGUAUAUCAGCCCGUAUUUCCAAACACCUUUACUCAACGGUUUCAUGUAGGUGUUGAAAAGCGGUGGGUGAUGGGUGGGCAGAUAUCAAUUGGGAAAAGCCCAUGGAUGUCACAAGGUCUAUUAAAUUUGGUAUCGCUCAGGCUAAAGGGGCACCUGUGCGAAUGGCGAUGCCCCAUCUCCUAAGACAAUAAAUGUUGGGGUUUCUAACAGCUCUUGAGACCAACUCCUGUCAGCUUAGGCAGAGAUACUGUUUAGGCAGUGGGGUGGACAGCACACCUGCAGAAUCCCUAUACAAAAUGAUACGACCUCUGGACCCUGGAAAAGGAGACGGAAUUGUGAUGGACUGUGGCAACCCUCCCUUCCUGCUUUUUCCUGCUUAUGGCAAGAGUUAGACCUCACUAUCCUGAUCCUCCCUGGUUUUGGAGAUGUAAGCCAGGCCAGCGUGUUGACUCCGGGUCUAACCCCAGAUGCUAGCUGGUUUCCCAUUCAUCAGUCUUGCAUGAAAGUGUUAACACUCAAUGAAUUCCAAGCAUGCUAACCAUAAGGACCCUGUCUUGAAUUUGGACCCAAUAUAUAAUACUAGGUAAGAUACGUAAGGCUUGAGGUUCCAAUGUUGUUACUAUGAGCAAGGCAGCCAGUCAUACAAUUUUGUACUAAAAGUCACUUUUUCGUUCAUACAGAUGCUACCGUAUAAAAUUUAAUCUUCCUCGUUUCAGAUCAAGCUAUGUACAAUGGCAAAAAACGUAUGAAUCUCUCUCUGAUAUGGUGGUUCCUCGCUCUACGAAGUAAGUGAGAUUUCUGGCUCAUUUCUCUGGUCAGUUUUAUCUUAAGCCUUCUCCUCAUACUAUAGAUUCUGACGUAUAAGACAACUUUUUAACCCCGGAAAAUCCUCUAAAAAGUCAGGGGUCGUCUUAUAUGCCGAGUAUGGGUUCGCUGGGCAGUGGCAGUGGGCAACGGGCUCUGCGCUGGGAGGAAGCGAUGCUAAGCCGGUUUUGCUGGGCAGCUUCCUCCUGGCACGGAGCAGAGCACACUCUGGUCUUGGGAGGGUACUUCCCUGGCACAAACAAAAGAAAAAUAGUGAGGGGUUUGUAGAUGAGUGACUGUCUUUGGAUUUUUCUGGUGGGUGUGUUAUUUCUUGUACAUAUCCCUUCUCCUGUGAGACGCGGGUUGCGCUGUGGGUUUAACCACAGAGCCUAGGGCUUGCCGAUUGGAAGGUUGGCGGUUCGAAUCCCUGCGACGGGGUGAGCUCCCAUUCCUCGGUCCCUGUUCCUGCCAACCUAGCAGUUCGAAAGCACAUCAAAGUGCAAGUAGAUAAAUAGGUACCGCUCCAGCGGGAAGGUAAAUGGCAUUUCUGUGCGCUGCUCUGGUUCGCCAGAAGCGGCUUAGUCAUGCUGGCCACAUGACCCAGAAGCUGUACGCCUGCUCCCUUGGCCAAUAAAGCGAGAUGAGUGCUGCAACCCCAGUGUCGGCCACGACUGGACCUAAUGGUCAGGGGGCCCUUUACCUUUUUAUCCCUUCUCCUAUAGGCUCUAGGAAACCAGUCAGUAGGAGCCCAUCCCCUACUUGUUUUUUUUAUCCUGAUUUGCUUGUGCUGUGUUUUCACACCUUCUCAUUAAGCAAAUUAAUUCACUUCUCCCACUUGGUUCAAUGCAUUUCUGCAUCACUUUCCAAGCCACAAAAGUCUGCUGGUGCUUGCUUACUUCCUUGUUUGUUUUUUUUGAAGUGGGUUUGUUGCACUAGGGUGGCAGUUUUCUUUAAUCCACUUUAAAUAGCCAAACCUAAAGUUCUGGUAUACUCUAAUCCCUCUGCAAAAUACACGGGCUGGAGGCACCCUCAGUUCGCUCGUGAAGAUAAGGCUGGAAUUAGGUGGCAUCAGGGCAUUGUGCUAUCGCCUCCUCCAAGGCCUUUGACAGCUGCUUGUUUUUCUCUUAUUAGUGUCCCUUGCUCUAGUGAUGCUUUGCUUAAUGUGAUACAUGUCUGUUUAGUAUGCUCCUGAUCUCAGGAAGAAUGAAAGUUGAAAUAGACAUAUAAAUAACAUAAAAUGCCUGUAGUGUGCCCUAAUUAAGAGCCAGCUCUGCUCAUAAUAAGAUAUUUUUGUUGUUAUUGGCUCUUCUGGGUGCCGAGUGUAAAAUGGCAGAAUAAUUUUUUCAACAAAGAAAUGAACGUUUUCUUUUUUGCACAGGAUGAUUACUGAAGAUGCAGAGGGAGGACUCUUCACAGUAACACUGUUCCGAAAAGUGAUUGAUGACUUUAAAGCCAAAGCAAGAGAGAACAAGUACUGACAACUUUUCAUUCGUAAUGCUUAGCCUUAUUGGACAGAAGCUAGGAACAUGCAUGCUUAAUAAUUACCGUAUUUUUCGCCCCAUAGGACGCACUUUUUCCCCUCCAAAAAUGAAGGGGAAAUGUGUGUGCGUCCUAUGGGGCGAAUGCAGGCUUUCGCUGAAGCCUGGAGAGCGAGAGGCAUCGGUGCGCACCGACCCCUCUCACUCUCCAGGCUUCAGAAAGCUAUCCGCAAGCCUUGCAAGCCCGGCGGGAGUUCCCGCGGGCUCACAAGGCUUGUGGGCGGCAGCCUGCAGCCCGAAGCAUGGGGAGCCCUCCGGAGGGCGCCCCGUGCUUCGGGCGGGUGUCCGCAAGCCUCGCACGCCCUGCGAGAGGUCCCGCCGGGCGCGCGAGGCUUGGGGCGGCAGCCUGCAGCCCGAAGCACGGGGAGCCCUCCGGAGGGCGCCCCGUGCUUCGGGCAGGUGUGCGCAAGGCUUGGGGCGGCAUCUCCCCCCCCCCAAAAAACGAGGUGCUUCCUAUGGGCCGGUGCGCCCUAUAGGACGAAAAAUACGGUACAUGAGUCCUUCUGAAUUCUUUGCUUAACUAGUUUCAAAUCUGUUUAAUUGCUUUUUCAUAAAUGAUAUUAAUUGUAUGUAGGCACAAAUAAUGGUUGGGGGUAGAAAGGAGAAAAACCUAACUCAUUCUAACCAAGUAUAUUUGUAUUGCAUAAUUAGGAAGUUUGUAACAAAUGUGUUUAGGCUAACACAUGAAAGUGUAUUAAAAUGCUAUAGCUCGCAAUCAAGGAACAUUAGGAGCUGUAGCUCUGCAAGGGGGUAAAGAUGUUGAUCAAAAAUUUUUCAGCAUUUACACAGAUUUACGGAAUUCUGGAAAGGCAAGAAAACAUGGAGUAAAACUGUUUCUAUGUCGCUUCCAAGUACGGUAGAAUCAAUGUGUCCUAUGGCAAUUUACCUGCCAAAUUUUGUAUGAGACUGUACAAUCAGUGACUCCAUUCUAAGUUCUAAGGAACCAAUGGGAAAAAAUCAGCUGCACCUAUCCAGGGUCUUGUUUUGUUAAAAGUACUUUUCGCCCCACUCUUUUGAGCCAAAAAUGGCUUCCAGAGCGUGCUACAAUUAAUUAGAACACAUUCCCCAUCUAAAAAAAACAGGCCACUAAAGGAAAAUCACUUGGAAAGGCAGGGAGGAGGCAGGUUGCUCCUCCUUUGGUUAGAACUAUCAUGCUGUCCUUCCUGAAAGCAGGGGUCAGUUGCCUUUGGUCCCCCUGAUGGCAGAGGCCACUGUGCAUUACAUUUAUUCAUUUCAGUUCUAGUUAUAAUGCAAUCCUAUGUGUGCCUACUCAGAAUUAAGUCCCACUGUGUUCAGUGGAGUGUGCUCUCUAGUGAGGUGUGUUAUAGAAUUGUACCUAAAGGGUGCAAUUAGAACCCCACGUACCUGGCUGUAAGCCCCACUGAAUUCAAGGCAAGUUAUUUCUGAGCACACAUGGUUAGGAAUUUAGUAGAGUGUGACCACUCUCUCUCAACAAACCUCACAGAGCUGUUGUGAAGUUAAAGCCAUGCUGAGUUUUCUGAAGAAGUCAGUUUCCCCUCUUCUGAUGCAUCCUUGUGGGUGUACAGACCCAUUAGAGCAGAGAAAGAAAUGCAUGCUAAUUGCAAGAGCUCCUGGAAAGCUUUUGUGAUAGGUCUGACGUGACUUGCCUGCUUAAGAGGACCUGCUGCGCCAACAUGGCUCGGCAUAGCUUUUUAAUUCGUAAUAUUUGACAUGUUGCACAGCUUAAAAACGCAGGCAAGGCAGGCAAACAGAAUGCAGAGGUUUCAAUAAGACAGAGCCUUCUGAAUCUCAAUCUAUUCUCAUUUGCUAUUUGCUUCAAGGUUCAUGGUGCGGGAAUUUUAUUACGAUGAGAAAGAGCUGAAAUGCGAAAAGGAAGAAAUGAGGAAGUUGGCUUCUGAUAAGAAGCAACAGUAUGUGAGUACACAAAUUAAGUUCAUACCCCUGUCUUUUCUCUUAAGUAUUGGUUUCUAGGUCGUAGGUUAGAGAUACAAUGAUUGAAGAGACCUUCCUAUAUUACCCAAGGAUGACAACUCUCAUGCCAAUUGAAUACCCCAAGUGUAUGGUGGUGGUAUUUUCAGUGAAAGAAUUGUGCAGUUAACUGGAUGUCUUUCCACAAUAUAAUGAUUUUGACAGCACAUUUCCCACAACUCUCUGAGCUGUGUUCUGGUUCCCUCCUUUUCCUUCACUAGUUCAUCAGUUACUGUCUUAAGCACUGUGUGUGAUGUUGGUUCCACAAGCAUCACACCUACUUGUUGGUAGUUCCUGUGAAUUCACUGGUGAUAGAUGACACAGUUCCUCCCACCCAUCAUGACUAUGCUGGAGCUGAGCUAAAAUUUCUCAGUUUUUUGUUGUUGUUGAGAAAAUGUGAAAUUUUGGGUAAAAUGAGAACCUAUGCUACUGCUAAUCCUGGGCAGAUAUUUCCUCAGGAGAAAUUUGGUGAAAUGAUUCUUCCCUCUGCUCACAAAUAGGCUGAAUAAUAUUGAGAGGCCAUUUCAUUCCCUUUGGUUGUUGCUGAAAGGCUUCCUAACAUUCAAGCAUAGGAGCACUUAUUUAAUUUAAAGCAGGAGCAAGACAGCGCCUCCAUCAUUAUAUUCAGUUGAUUCAAGGCAGGGGUACUUCUCCUUCCUAGAAGUGGAACAAAUACCUCCAAGUGAAGCCCUGCUCUUGCAACAAUACAUGGAAAAGGUUGCUAGCAUUCAGAAGCCGUCCAAUAUAUGUUUAGGCCUUAGGCCAGGGCCCUAAGAAAUUUGUGGCCCUGCAGUAGUUAAGAUGCCAACUCUCAUGCCAGUGGACAGGAAUGAUGGGAGCUUCUAGUUCAACACGUAAAGGCCACAGCCUCCCCACACAUUUUAGGAAGCAAAUCCAUAACCCCCCCCAAUCAUGAUAAACUAAAUUCAUGACAAAUUGCUACCAUUUAAUGGUAUUUCACGUUCUUCCAUUUUACCUGACCUAGUUAUAGAACAAGAGCAUUUGCAGGGACGAGAGGACUGUCCCCUAUUAGGUAUAUCAAUAUAUUGCAUAAAGAACUACAAUUUCUACACAGUAAUGUGGUGACUUAAGCCAUACAGAUCCCCAGAGCAGAGUUAGGUGGGUGUCUUAAAAAUAUUACAGUGUGUCUCUAAACAAAUCUAAGUACGGUGUGCCGCUUUUGUUUUUCCUCUCAAAGGGUCCACUACUACGUUGGUUAAAGGUGAACUUCAGUGAAUCAUUUGUGGCCUGGAUUCACAUAAAGGCUCUUAGAGUUUUCUCAGAAUCUGUCCUCAGGUAGGUUGCACUCGAAAACUUUCUGCAUUGAAACAGGUAGCACUCUCAGGGACUCCACCCAUAACACAAAAAGGACCACGCAUACAAAACUAGAAACAGGUAGCUUGUUCCAUAAUCAGUAAUAAUAUUAUUAUUUUUAUUUAUACCCUGCCCAUCUGGCCGGGUUGCUCCAGCCAGUAAAAAAGUCAACAGAAAUAGUGGAAGUAGACCAGAUUUGUGGCAUCUCUUUAUUAUUAUUAUUAUUAUUAUUAUUAUUAUUAUUGUUAUUAUUAUUAAAGCCUUCAGAUGCCAUUGGCUGAAGCCAAGUGAAAACCAGUGGCUCUGGGGAGCCAAGACAGACUUAAGGAACAAAGAGGGAAUUGAACACUCAGUCAUUUUAUGGAAAUAUUAACUCCUCGUUUUCCCCCAGGCUUUUAAUUUGGAAAGGGUCCCGUCCCCCAUUUAUUACUGAUACACCACAACUGAUAACCAUAAACCCUUACUGAUCUACUGGUGGAUCACUGCAUGAUUUGCAGUUAACUACCUUCCCCCACUUUUCAAAAUAGUUGUAUCAAGUUAUCUGCUUGACAGUUUACCACAUUUCUUUCCAUUUAUAAAGGUAUGGCCUACCAGUGAAUUUCCAAGCAAUGCUAAUUCAGCCCAACAAGAAGUCCACAAAGAGACUGAGAGACGUCCUUAAUGCAGUCUUCAAACAUCUGGAUGAAGUAGCAGCAGCCAGCAUAAUGGAUGUAAGUGUCUACUGAAUGAAAAGUGCCAUUUCUGCUCUGUGAGCGAAUCACAAAAACGGGGUGGGGUGGGGGGGUGGACUAGAUGACCCUUAGGAUCCCUUCCAACUUGCAGUAUAAUCUUAUUCUCACCUAACCCCUAAUGUACCUACCUGGGCAGCUUGGCACUAGUUACAUUGUUGAAUCUUUCUCCCCAGACUUCUAUGGACAUUCCUGGCUUGCAACUAGGCAAUCAAGACUACUAUCCUUAUGUCUAUUUCAAGAUUGACCUCAGUAUUCUUGAGUGCAGCUAA